GAGUGAGUGGCUGCCUGGCAGGCAGGAAGUGGCUCUGCGGGAUUGUGAGGGAGACUGCGAGGGAGAGGGGCCCUCGUUGGGUCCCCCAGAUUCCACUGUCAGAAAAGAGGCCAAACUUCUGUCACCAUGGUGGACGUGAAGUGUCUGAGUGACUGUGACCUGCAGAAUCAACUGGAAAAGCUUGGGUUUUCACCAGGCCCAAUACUACCUUCCACCAGAAAAGUCUAUGAAAAAAAGCUAGUGCAAUUGUUGGUCUCGCCUCCCCGUAGCCCACCUGUGACGUACGAACCCAGAAAGCCAAAUGGACCUCUGGAUAGCAACAAGAAUGAAGUGUUUAAUGCCCUUUUGAAAGAAAAAAUCAUACUCUCAACAGAAAAAAGCAAGGAACCCAAAAAAAGACUAAAGACUACCUCCACUAAAACAAAAGCUGGAGACAUCUACUACGGGGGUCAGAAACCUGGAGACACCUACUAUGGGGGUCAGAAACGUACCAAGGGAACAAGGAGUGCUGCAAGAGCACCAAAGGCCAGGGUCAACUACAGGCCCAGCACCGAGGAUUGUCUCUACUCGGCGCUGAACCAGAGCGAUGACGAGUACGGUUUCCCCGCGGGUUUUAAGCUUGCUGUUCUGGGCAUUCUCCUCAUUGUUCUAUUUGUCUACAUAACUGUGGAGAAGGAGCCACUCUUUAGAUAAGUACUUUAGAAGCAAAGCAACGCGCUAGUGCUUAAAUAUUGCCCUCAGCAAGCCCUUCAAAGGGGCCACCAUGCCUCUGGCCAGGCAGCCUUCCCUUGCCGGCUGGCAGAUCUGUGCCUGGGCUCAGCCAGGUGAAAAGAACAAGAGGGAGAACCAGGCAGCUGUGUGUUAAGAUCAUGAGAUUUAGGAAAUCCCCCAAUCACGUAAGCCAUCAUUAAAGGU